UCAACACUUCUUCAAUAUAAUCAAAUUAGAACAUUUGACAUGGAUAUAUCGAAAUCGUCAGGUUACAGAGAUUUCGUAUGGGCAAUUGAACUAAACCGCCCGAGCUUAGAAUUGAUCGGCUUAUGGCCAAAAAUUGAUGGAAUCUCUAAAAGAAGUAUCGGUCCAAACAUUCGUGUGAGUUUCGCUUUCAUUACAAUAACAUUUUUUCUUAUUAUUCCUCUUGUUCAUGCGCUUACGCGAGUUUGGGGCAACAUGGUACUAAUGAUAGACAAUUUACGAUUUACAUUGCCUUUUUUGACAAUUUUAUUAAAACUUGUUAUCAUGCGAUGGAAGCAAUCAGUACUGUUAUCCGUUAUAAACAUGAUGAAAGAAGAUUGGAUAGCGUUAAAGCUAGACGUAGAAAGAAAUGUAAUGAUGAAGCGUAUGCGGACUUCUCGACUGAUUGUAAUUUGUGCAUACUUUGUGAUGGUAUGCACAUCAAUUGUGAUCACUAUUUUUUCUUGUUUUGGCCUAUCGUUCAGACGUUUAACAAAUCUCACGGAUCGGAACAGACCGUUACUCCUGCAGACAUAUUAUUUCUACGACACAGAUAAGAGUCCACAGUUCGAGUUGACAUAUCUUACUCAAAUUAUAACACUGUUUUUGGGCCUAAUAAUAUAUGCGUCGGUAGAUACUUUUCUUGGAUUAGUGAUCUUUCAUAUCUGCGGUCAAUUAGAGAAUUUCAGAGGACGAUUAAUAAAUUUGAUUGCGGGCAAAGAGUUCAACAAAGCAUUGAGUAACAACAUAGUGAAUCAUUUACGACUUAUCAGGUAUGUCGAUAAACUCGAAGAUAUAUAUAAUUUAAUGAUGCUCGGAUCAGUGAUAUAUUUUGGCAUUAUAUUUUGUCUAUGCGGAUUUGUGUUUAUCGUUAUGAUUAAAAGUGAAGAAAUAAAUGUCGCAAAUUUGUUACAAAUAUACUAUAUGAUAGCAGCUAUUAUUGUUUAUUUUAUGCAAAUGUUUUUCUAUUGCUAUGCUGGAGAAAUAAUGAUAGAACAAUGUGAAGCAGUAUACCAUGCUGUGUAUGAUAUUGAGUGGUAUAAUUGGGAGUCAAAGCAAGCAAGAAAUCUUAUUCUAUUAAUGAUACGAGUUCAACAAUCCUUCCGUAUCACUGCGGGAAAGAUGGUUCCAUUAACGAUGACCACUUUUUGCAGCCUAUUAAAAACAUCAGCUAGUUAUAUAUCAUUCUUAUUGGCAAUACAGAAUUAA